AUGAAACACGCGUGGACGCCCUCAGAGGUGGAGGCCCAUCUGCAAACCACGCUGCAGCUGGUGCAGGCCCACGAGGAGCCAGUCACGCUCUUCAGCGUGAAGCCCAACUCUUCCUCUGAGAGCUGGGAGUGGCUGCAGCUGCUGCAGCAGCUGAAGCGCUUCGAGCGAGUGCAAGUGACAGAAGUCCCACUGAGCUUUCUAGGUGCCGAGCUUGCCGCCAACACCCACGCAGGCCGCAAGGCCAUCCUGGUCUUCGCCGGCAGCAGCGACUUGGAGGCCGCCGUGAAGCUGGCCCGCAAGAGCCAGGCCAAGAUCGUGGAAUCCGAGGUGCUCUCCAUUUGA